AUGCCGGACAUCCUCCGCAGAGCUUCUGACGCGUUCCACCAUCGCCAGCGUCAAGACUCAACCGACUCGACGGCCGCGCCCAAAUCCCCCGACGCAGCAAAGCUUCCCGAGCAAGAGCCGCUGGAUCAAAGCCCCGAGUCUGCUCAGCCUGAUCCACACGGUGCAGCAACCGAGAAUGCUGCCCAUCCGAAGCAACACCACCGUUGGGGCUGGGGACACCGCCAGGCAAACAAACCCGAGACAAAACAGCAACCUAGCCAGCAGCAAACAGACAAUACUGACUGGGUCAUGGGCUCGUAG